GGACCUCUUAGGGAAUUGGGUAUCUAUCUAAUUGGGGUGCGGGGCUGAAGGAAGGAAGAAGAUGAAGACGUGUAACGAACCUGUGAGUCAAAUAAUCGUCAUGUACUGUACGUUACGAUUGCCGUUGCCUCUUCACAUUCCCCGAACUCGAACAACGUCGUCCUGUAAGCCGAAACGACGGCGUGUAGAGCACUUGCGGUGCCGCUGUGCUCAGUCAGAAGAAGGCACCGAUGAUAAGAGUGUUAGAGUUAAAGGAGUAGUUUCGAUUGUGGUGGUGGAGAGAUACGGAAAUGGAACUUCGAAAAGAUAUUUGCUAGAUGAUGAUGAUGAUGAUGACUCGCCUUUACAAGGCUUUCUAGAGGAGCGCGAGCCAAAGCCUGAUACCAAAACUGUGGGAUCAAAUCCCUCAGAAACGAAUACGCUUUGGCUUCCUGAUGUCGUCAAGGAUUUUGUUUUUCCCACCGGCUUUCCUGGGUCUGUUUCAGAUGAUUACUUGGACUACAUGCUCUGGCAGUUCCCUACCAAUGUUACCGGCUGGAUGUGUAAUGUCUUAGUCACCUCUAGUCUUCUCAAGGCUGUAGGAGUUGGCUCUUUCUCUGGAUCUUCUCCUGCCGCUACUGCUGCUGCUUCUGCUGCUGCCAUCAGAUGGGUAUCCAAGGAUGGAAUUGGGGCUCUUGGCCGUCUUCUUAUUGGUGGACGCUUCGGUAGUCUUUUUGACGAUGAUCCUAAGCAAUGGCGCAUGUAUGCUGAUUUUAUUGGCAGUGCUGGAAGCUUCUUUGAUCUGGCGACACAACUCUAUCCAACCCAGUUCCUACUAUUAGCAUCCACAGGAAAUCUCGCCAAGGCCGUGGCUAGAGGAUUGAGAGACCCUUCAUUCAGGGUCAUACAGAAUCAUUUUGCUAUCUCAGGAAAUCUUGGCGAGGUAGCAGCCAAGGAGGAAGUGUGGGAAGUUGCUGCCCAGCUAAUUGGUCUUGGUUUAGGCAUUCUUAUCAUUGACACACCCGGCCUUGUAAAGUCAUUUCCCUUUGUGUCACUUACAUGGACGAGCAUUAGACUUGUUCAUCUAUGGCUACGUUACCAGUCGCUUGCAGUCCUACGGUUUGACACAAUAAAUCUUAAGCGUGCUCGUAUCCUAGUACAGUCUCAUGUUGUGCACUCUGUUGUACCAGGGUAUGUUGAGUGCAACAAGCGAGAAAACAUUUUGGUAUGGCAGAGAUUCAUGAAACCUCGGAUCAUCUUUGGUGUUUCUCUUGAAGAAGUAUCUGGUUUGGAGAAGACUGUUUUUAAGGUUAAAGCACUUCUUAAGAUAUACACAAAGGAGAAAUAUAUUCUUACGUUGAAUAAGUUGAACAAGGAUACCGAGUUUUCUGUAUCUUUUAAGGUGAAUGCGACAAGCAGAGACGUGUUGAGAUGUCUUUGGCAAGCAUAUUGGUUAUACGAGAACAUGGAAGAAAGCUUGAAAAACAAGGAUAGUGUGUUCCAUUGGCUGAAGCAAAGCUUGUCGGAGAUGGAGAACAAGUUUGAUGAUUUCUUGUUCAAAUUGGAUACUGCCGGAUGGAACUUAGGUGAAUCUAACUUGAAGAUUCCCAACCGCAUCCUCAUCGACUUGGAGUCCAUCCCUCUCUGACAUUCGAUUUUUUUUUCAAGGAGCAAUCAAUCUCUUGAACAAAAGAAACUGAUACUGAGUUUGCUAUAUCUGUGAGGAGAGCUCAAAAAGAAAGAAUUGAUCCAUUUCUGGCCUCAUCAUCGAGAAGUAGAAUUAGCGGUGAGUCAUUAUUGCUAUUAAUUCAAUUUGUCUGAUAAUGAUAACAAAUCAUGUCACGAAAUGACCUAUAAUUGUUCGAUCCUUUUACCCACAUCCAUUAAUUGUAAAAGCACACGUAGGUCAUAUACGUAUCAUAAAAGCCGAAUUAGUAAGCAAAUUACGAGGCCUUACGAGAUCCAAGCAUGCAAAUAUUUCAUAAAGAAUCCUUUAAGGGUUGUGUAUUUGCAUUAAGACUGGUAUCCUGUCCGAAACACGUUAAAAGCUAGUUCACAGGCUUAUAUUGCGACACGUUGGUGUUGAUGGUGGCCCCCACUGACACGCAGACACAUGUCGGUCACGUAUCUCUACAAGGCGCACAGUUGCACACACCGCCGCCUGAAGCAGUGACACACGUCCUGUCACUCAAUUGGUUUUUCUUUCUCUCAGUUAAAUAAAUAAUAUUAUCCUUGUCCUUCUUGUUAAGUGGAGCCCAAGGUAGGGUUUUUAUGGUAAUUUGGCUAAUUGCGCAAGUAAUGUUUAUUUAAUAAUUUGUUCCAGUUCCUUGUAGAACAAAAAAAAAAAAAAGGAGGAGGAAGCCUUUACUUUAGACGCUCUUUCACUUUAGUUAUGUUAAAUAUUGUGUGAUCUUUGAUUACGUGUGCUCUACGCGAAUUUAAGCAAACUUACUUUCUCUCUCUCUCUCCCCGUCGCUACCUCCUCGGUUGAGUGAGUAUAAAUCUCCAGAAAAAAA